AUGAAAAAGCUCUGUUUGCCUCCUUUUUCCGUGUGCGCGAUCUUUCCCUUUGUUGAGCUCUUUGUUACUUUAUUUCGUUGGCUUUAUCCUCUUUUUUUUCCACAUCUCUUUCAUUAUUCUUUCUCUGAUCACCUCGUUAUGAAACAAGCACCUGUGUUUGGUUCGUCUCUCGUCAUUGCCCUUGCUCAUUCUACCUAUACAACUUCUUCAGGGCUUUGUAUUCCAGGCAUUCUAGCCAAAUGUUACAAGGAAAUAAAACUGCGUUUGGGCACUGAAGGAAUAUUUCGCAAAUCAGGUUCAGCCAGUGCCAUGAAGCAAAUCCAAAUCGCCUUUGAAGAAGCAGAGGAUCCCUUUACAGUUGCUCUUCAUGGCGCUUCCAUUCACUCAUUGGCUGGUAUAUUUAAACGCUUUUUGCAAGAACUGGUGGAUCCGGUGAUUGCCCGACCGUAUCAGCAUCUAUUCUUAGACGCAUUCGGUACAAAGCAAGACGAGCAACAGCAACUGGAGGGCCUAUUAAAUGCGUGCCAUGCGUUACCCCUGGAGCAUCGUCACUUGCUGUAUUACAUGAUUGAAGUGGCUGAUGAAAUCUAUCAGUCCAGCGAUCAAAAUCACAUGUCGCGUGAAGCCUUGGCAAUUAUUUUUGCCCCGGCUUGUGUCCGCAUUGAUGCUGUACGCCAAUUUAUUAACCAUAGUGUGCCUUCUCUCGCUCACUCUAUCCAGUCUGAAUCGUCCAUUUACUCUCUUUCCAUCAACACCUCCUGCACGUCCCUGGGCAACGAAACAUUCACGUCUUCUUCCACUUCCAAUUCAUCUCUAUCGACGAUUCCUUCUUUGACGUCGUCUCUGCCGUCCAUUUUAUCAAUGCAUAAAGCUCGGCGGAUCUGGUCCCACAUGCUCAACAGAAAUAACCAGCGCAUGACAAAACCGCAUUCAGUGUACAAAACGCGUGAUCAUUUGCAACGCGAUCUUAUUAAGCAAAGUACCACUUGGAUCAAAAUAUUCGAAUUCAUGCUCUAUCGACCGUCUGCCUUUACGGGGACAUCCAACACAAUCUACCUGAAUAACAAGGUAACAAAAGAAAAUUGUUUAAAAUAG